AUGGCGCAUUGUAAAGCGCAAGCGACUGGAACGGCGUUGCCCAUGGAUGAAGACCGUGUGACGGUGACGACGAAGCAGAUCAAGAAUGAAGCGCGAGCGACGGUGACGGCGGCCCAGCUCAAAGUCGAAGAGCGUGCGAUGGAUUCGGUGCAACUCUUAGGACGAGGGCGAGCGACACCGUUAAUGCAGCGCAACGCGCGUUAA